UGCCCGGAUGCUGCUUAUGAAAAUGGAGGACAUAGCUGGUUAUCCAGUGUGAGAAAUGGCGCAAUGGAAAUAAUUUCGAACUAGUGACGAAAGAGACAGCCUCCCACACUAUUUCAGGGGAGUCUAAACUGUCUUAAAUUUCUAUGACAUUGACAUAUCGGAUAUAGCUAGUUUUGCUUUGAGACCUGUAUUUAUUAAUCCGUCUUGAGGAACGUACAAAAUGGCAAUGGAAAGAGCAAAGUAUGUUGAAACUCCAAUCCAGAGUUGCAGUAAGACAAGGGGACUCCCAGGAUUACCCCCACUACCAUCCACAAUGAAGGAACCUUCAGAUCUCUAUAAGAUUGUCCUUCGCAACAGUGAACAUCCGCCAAUUAUGAAAGGAACAUCUUGGACAUUGGCUGCUCCUUAUAAAGAACAGAAAUACCACAGAACACCCAGUGAAUCUAUAGCAAACAAUUACACUCCGACAGCAUGUGAUCUAAAAUUGAGAGAUCUACCAAAGCUUACCAGAUCAAAAACCAGAUUAUCAAAUGGUUCUUUAGGGAGUCCUCGAUCAAAUGGCUUCACAAGGUGUAAAACUAUCAUGGAAGAUAGUAAAGGCAAAGUGGAAAAUGGCAUGAAUGGAGUAAAUGGUGAACAUAAAAACGGAAUGAAUGGAUUUGAGGUACUACCAGACAUCCAGGAUCUGCCCCCUAGCCGCCCUAUGACCCCGAAUGAACAAAUGGACAUCAUGUUGGCUAUAGAGGAGGAGAACCAACAGCAAACAGGAGAACCCUCAGAAAGGGAUGAGGCUAGGUACUACUACUACAUAGAGAAGGGUAUCCGGCGAGAGAUGCUGGCACAGCCUCAUCCUGACACAAUGAAGAAUAUCUGUGAGCUUGUACCAGCUCCCUUGUUGUCCAGCGUUGAACUGAAAGGCAUGGUAGAGGAUCUCUCAAAUGAAGUCAUCAAUGACUACGAGUUCAGCAUUCGCAAGACCAUUGUGGACUAUAUCCUAAAAGAUCCCACCGAGAAAGAAAGACUGCACAUUGCAUGGACCCCAAAACCAUUUCAGAAGAGGAUAAUCCGGGCCCCAGUACCAUGGCACUCCACCUAUAGCGACAUGAAGGGCUUCACCACGGAGCAUCUGUUCAUCACCAACCCACUCAUGCUGGAGCUCCAGGAGGUCUGGUUUGACCAGUUUAACAGUCUAAGAUUUGUGAAUCUUAAGGAACUUAGGGAGGCUGACCUACCCCUUCUCCCCAAUGAGUUUGAAUCCCUGGUAAAGAAACAAUGCUGGGAGGCUCAUGAAGUCCUCCGUAAAAGCUGGAUUCCCACUUGUGCGAAGAUUUUUGUGGACAAGAACGAUUUGUGGCAGGACCUGGUGCCACCCAAUGACACAGACUCCACUCAGUUGGUGGAGGAGUUCUUCGCUUGUGUGGCGGCACUCAUGUCAAUACAGCUGCGAUCCAUGGUCAUCAACUCCCUGGUAGACUUCCUGGAGUUCUUUGAAACUCACAAGGGAGGCAAUGACUUUGGUGACACAUUUGAUGAGCUCCAGUAUGUGACUGACCAAGUGAUGAUCAUCAAGCUUAGAGUGGAUGAACCAAGGAUUCAGUUUGAUCCUCCAUUCAGGGAGAUAAGGGACAUCAUUCUCCGAUGUUUCUCGGAAAUCAUUGCUAGUGGAGAGGGUCUCACAAGGGUGGAGUGUGAGUUGUUCCCAGACAUGCGUGCCCAGAGACUGCUGCUGAGGAGUGUGAAGAUUGAAGAAACACUGGUCACAGACUAUGUGGACAAGGCCAUGGACAUCUUCAAAAUCAACACCACGGGACCCCAAAAAUACUUAAACACCUACAAGAAGUACUCUGACCUUCUGGACAACAAGGCAGAUCAGGAUGUAGCAUCAUUCCUUAGGGAAAAACACUCAAUUGAGGCUUUCAAAAAGAAAAUCAUCAGUUUCCAGGACUUGAAGGAUGAGAUUAGCCUGCUACGUAUCACAGUACCACUUAGUAUGUUCUGUUUGGAUUGUGUCAACCUCAACAAUGACCUGUGUGCACGAGCCAUGAGGCUGAAAGAGAAGCUGGUCACAUACCAAGUAGACGAAAACAGGGAACUCAACAGAGGAAUCUGUAAGCGUUAUGAUGAGAUGGCUGACAAAGUCAGUGAGAUUCCAGAGACAACCAAAGAACUAGUGGAUAGCCAAGAGUACCUAAAAACGUCGUCAGAUGUGACGGUGUACAAACUGAAAGACGAGAUAGAGGAUGCCACAAGUCGGCUCAUGUUCCUGUUGGACUAUGCCAUCUUCCCAUUGGAGGACACCAAGUUGAACAGUCUGGUGUUCCUGUGGCCUGAUCACAUCAAGUCUGUGUUUGAGUUGUCCCAGUCCAGGAUCAUCAACAAGCGUGACCAUAUUGAGGAUGAGCUUAAGAGGAGGACACAAGCGUAUGAAGAAAAACUCAAUGAUAUGGUCAAGGAAGUAGAGUCCUUCAGGAAGAAAGAGUUCCUCAGUGAGGAAGCCAUGAGGACUAACACCGAACAGCUGGCAACUCUCACCACCAACCUGGAGGCUGCCCGAGAUGAACUGGAGGGAAUCAAUGAGGAAGAACGGCUGCUGGAAUGGGAGACAAGUGAAUUCCCACAGUUAAAAACCAUGUUCACCACCAAGGAACCAUACGAAAAGCUAUGGGGAACUGCAUACACUUUCCACCAGAAACACGAGAAGUGGCUCAAUGGUGCUUUCCAGGGCUUGAAUGCCGAGGAGAUUGAAACAGAAGUGACAGACAUGUGGAGGACCAUGUACAAACUGACCAAAUCCUUUAACGAUCAGGCAGGACCAAGGAGAAUCGCUGAUAACACCAAGAACAAGAUUGAUAAAUUCAAACAACAUCUUCCUAUUCUGCAGACCAUCUGUAAUCCUGGUAUCAGGGAUCGUCACUGGGAUUCUAUGAGCAAGAUUGUUGGAUUUGAUCUGAAGCCCCAGACAGAGACUUCUCUCAACAAUAUGUUGGAGUACGGUCUCGGCAAACAUCUCCAGAAACUGGAGGAGAUUGGAGCUGCUGCAGCUAAGGAAUUCUCUCUGGAGAAGGCUCUGGAGAAGAUGAGCUUGGAGUGGAAGGAUCAGUGCUUUGAACUCAUUCCCUACAGAGAAACGGGAGUGUGUAUACUCGCGGCUCCAGAUGAAAUCCAGGUGUUACUGGAUGACCACAUCGUCAAGUCCCAGACAAUGAGGGGCUCACCGUUCAUCAAGCCUUUUGAGAAUGAAAUGAGGGAGUGGGAGGAGAAACUGGUCAUGAUGCAGGACAUCCUGGAUGAAUGGCUCAAGUGCCAAGCCACCUGGCUGUACUUGGAGCCCAUCUUCAGUUCUGAGGAUAUCCUGGCCCAGAUGCCUGAGGAAGGCCGUAAAUUUGGUAUCGUGGACAACAUCUGGCGAGAUGUGAUGGGAGAGGCCAUUAAAGACAAUCACUGUCUGGUUGCCACAGCCCAGAACAAUAUGUUGGGAAGACUGCGUGAAUCAAAUCGUCUCCUAGAGGAAAUCCAGAAGGGACUGAAUGCGUACUUGGAGAAAAAGCGUCUUUACUUUCCAAGGUUUUUCUUCCUCUCCAAUGACGAGUUGUUAGAAAUCCUGUCUGAGACCAAGGAUCCAACAAGAGUACAGCCUCAUCUGAAAAAAUGUUUUGAGGGCAUCAGUCGUUUGGACUUCUCAGAGACCCAAGAAAUUCUUGGCAUGAUCUCUUCUGAAAAUGAAACUGUUCCCUUCAAUACUAAAAUCAUUCCAGCAAAAGCAAAGGGUAUGGUUGAGAAGUGGCUGCUACAAGUGGAGGAUGUGAUGAUCAGCAGUCUCAGAAAGGUUAUCAUAGAGUCAUUAGCCGCCUACAAGACCACAAUCAGAAAUAACUGGGUGUUGGAGUGGGCAGGGCAGGUGGUCAUAUGUGCAUCCUCAAUCUAUUGGACAACAGAGGUUUCAGAAGCCAUGCUGUUGCCGGGAGGACUGAAGAAAUACCACCUGGUAUGUAAUGAUCAGAUAUCUGACAUUGUACAGCUUGUAAGAGGCAAAUUGGAGACCGGCCACAGGGUUACCCUUGGGGCACUUACUGUCAUUGAUGUACAUGCUCGUGAUGUUGUGGCAAAACUUGCCGAGGACAAUGUGUCCAGUCCCAAUGAUUUUGAUUGGCUAGCUCAGUUGCGGUACUACUGGGACAAGGAUGACGUGGUUGUACGCAUGAUCACCACAGACACGGCUUAUGGCUAUGAGUAUCUAGGCAACAGUGGCCGUUUGGUCAUUACUCCCCUCACAGACAGAUGUUACAGAACACUGAUGGGAGCAUUAAAGCUGAACCUGGGAGGUGCCCCGGAGGGACCAGCUGGAACAGGGAAAACGGAAACCUGCAAAGAUCUGGCCAAAGCAGUGGCAAAACAGUGUGUGGUGUUUAACUGCUCUGAUGGGUUGGACUUCAAAGCUAUGGGAAAGUUCUUCAAAGGUUUGGCCCAAGCCGGGGCAUGGGCUUGCUUUGACGAGUUCAACCGUAUAGAACUGGAGGUAUUGUCCGUGGUGGCCCAACAGAUUGCCAGUAUCCAGAAUGCCAUUGCAGCCCGUCUGAAGCGCUUCAUGUUUGAGGGUACUGAACUGUCACUCAAUCCCACCUGUACAAUGUUUAUCACCAUGAACCCUGGUUAUGCUGGACGUCAGGAAUUACCUGAUAAUCUGAAAGUGUUGUUCAGGACUGUGGCUAUGAUGGUGCCCGACUAUGGAAUGAUUGGAGAGAUCUCGCUGUACUCCAUGGGUUUUGUCGACGCUAGAAGUCUUGCCAACAAGAUCGUCGCGACAUACAAGUUGUGUUCUGAGCAGCUGUCCUCUCAGCAUCAUUAUGAUUACGGUAUGAGGGCUGUCAAGUCUGUCCUCACCGCAGCUGGUAACCUCAAGCUCAAAUACCUCGACCAGGAUGAAGCUAUCCUUCUUUUGAAGGCUAUCAUGGAUGUUAACCUACCAAAGUUUUUGGCUCAGGAUGUACCUUUGUUUGAAGGAAUAAUUUCUGAUCUGUUCCCUGGAAUUGUAUGUCCUAAGCCUGACUAUGGUGCCUUUAUGGACGCUCUGAAAGACAAUACAGAGAAAAUGAAACUACAGACUGUACCAUGGUUUAUUGAAAAGAUUAUACAGGUGUACGAGAUGAUCCUGGUACGUCAUGGAUUGAUGGUGGUUGGUGAACCUCUUGGAGGGAAGACCAAAGGCUGGCAGGUUCUGGCCGCAGCCCUGAGCGACCUUCAAGCUAUCGGGGCAUUUGAUGAGUUUAAGACAGUGUACAGAAUCAUCAACCCAAAGGCCAUCACUAUGGGUCAACUGUACGGGUGCUUUGAUCCAGUAUCACAUGAAUGGACUGAUGGUGUCCUGGCCAACACAUUUAGAGAGUAUGCCAGUAACCCUAACACUGACAGGAAGUGGAUUCUCUUUGAUGGUCCUGUAGACGCUGUUUGGAUUGAGAAUAUGAACACCGUAUUGGAUGAUAACAAAAAGCUGUGUCUGAUGAGUGGGGAGAUCAUUCAGAUGAGCAACAAGAUGAACCUGAUAUUUGAGCCUGCUGACCUGGAGCAGGCUUCACCAGCCACAGUUAGCAGGUGUGGUAUGAUCUACCUGGAACCCCAUCAGAUGGGCUGGCGACCAUUCAAGAACUCCUACAUGCAGCAUGAUCUGCCACAGAAGCUGUCCCAAGAAAAUAAGGACCUUGUCAAUGACUUGUUUGAGUGGCUCAUUGACCCUUGUCUGUAUUUCAUCAACAAAAAGUGUAAGCUGUUUAUACAAACAUCCGACAUGCACCUAGUGCAGUCCCAGAUGAGGCUGUAUUCGUGUCUGCUGGAUGAGAUCGCAGACUCCGUCAACAACCCACCAGUAGAGGGGGAAGAGGUUACCCGGGAUAUUCUCUCCAAUCAGCAGAUCACCCUGUGGCUGCAAGGUCUGUUUGUAUUCUCCCUCAUCUGGACAGUCGGUGGCACCAUAACGGGUGACAGCAGGAAAAAGUUUGAUCAAUACUUCCGCAAUAUCCUCAGUGGUACCGAUGCUGACCAUCCCAAACCUAAGAGCAUCAAAAUCACAAAGAGUAACAUGAUCCCAGAGAGGGCCACCAUCUAUGACUUCAGUUUUGAAAAGAAGGGUGGAGGAAACUGGGUUGACUGGUUAGACACUAUUGAUCGUGCUUCUAUGACCAUUGCUAAUGAUGCCAAGGUGAGUGAGGUGACUGUGCCAACGGCUGAGACAGCCAGACAGACAUUUUUCCUUGAUACCUACCUCAAACAUGAGCAGGCCAUGCUGUUUGUUGGUCCUACUGGUACUGGUAAAUCUGCCAUCACUAACAACUACCUCCUGAGCCUGCCUAAGGAUAUAUAUGUGGCUAACUGCAUCAACUUCUCUGCCAGAACUUCAGCUAACCAGACACAGGACAUUGUCAUGUCAAAGUUGGACAGGAGGAGGAAGGGUGUGUUUGGUCCACCUAUGGGGAAGAAAUCGGUGGUGUUUGUUGAUGAUCUAAAUAUGCCUGGUAAGGAGAAGUACGGAGCACAGCCUCCCAUUGAGUUACUGCGACAAUGGAUAGACCAUGGGCAUUGGUACGACAGGAAAGACACAACCAAAGUCUUCUUAACUGAUGUGCUGUUUGUGGCGGCCAUGGGUCCCCCUGGAGGAGGUCGUAAUGACAUUACCAGUCGGUUCACACGCCAUCUCAAUGUUACAUCAAUCGAUGAGUUUGAUGACAACACUAUGGCCAGAAUUUUCACCAAUAUCACUGACUGGCAUUUUGGAAAAGGUUUUGAUGGCUCAUUUGUCAGAAAUGGCAAGUUAAUUGUAGCAGCCACAAUGGGUGUGUAUAAAAACGCUAUUGAGAGUUUCCUGCCCACUCCAUCAAAGAGUCACUAUGUGUUUAACCUGCGUGACUUUGCUCGUGUGAUUCGAGGAGUGCUACUAGUACCUCAUACACAUAUGACUGAGACAGACAAGUUGUACCGAUUGUGGAUACAUGAAGUGUACAGAGUAUUCUAUGACCGUCUCAUUGACAACGAGGACCGUGAGAUGUUUUUCAAUAUUGUGAAGGAGCAAUGUUCCAACCAUUUUAAGACCAACAUUGACAAACUGCUGGGUCAUUUAUCAAAGAGUGGAUCCGUGGUGGACGACAACAUCAGGAACUUGUUCUUUGGUGACUUCAUGAUACAGGAGAACAAAGUUUACGAUGAAAUCUCCGACUUCAAAGAGCUCUCGUCCAUGAUGGAAUAUUAUUUGGAUGAGUACAACAUGAUCAGUAAGGCACCCAUGCAUCUUGUGAUGUUCAAGUUUGCCAUUGAACACAUCUCCCGUGUGAGCCGAGUCCUGUUACAGGACAGUGGAAAUGCUCUCCUAGUUGGUAUCGGAGGCAGUGGUAGACAGAGUGCAGCUAAGCUGGCAACCUUCAUGGCCGACUAUGACAUCUUUAUGAUUGAGAUCACAAAGAAUUACUCAAAUAAUGAGUGGCGGGAAGACAUUAAAAGGCUCCUGGUGAAGGCGGGAUGUGAGAACAAGCCAAUCACUUUCCUUUUUGCGGACACACAAAUUAAAGAUGAGUCAUUCAUGGAAGACAUCAGUAUGAUCCUCAACACUGGGGAUGUACCUAACAUAUUCCCUUCAGACGAGAAGGCAGAACUCAUAGAGAAGAUGCAGGGUGUAGCAAGGGCUGAGGGGAAGAAGAUGGAUUCCACUCCUCUUGCCAUGUAUAACUACUUCAUAGAGAAGGUGAUGCAGAACCUGCACAUUGUACUGGCUAUGAGUCCUAUAGGAGAUGCAUUUAGGAACAGGCUGAGGAUGUUCCCUUCCCUCAUCAACUGUUGUACCAUUGAUUGGUUCCAGCCGUGGCCCUCUGAUGCUCUGGAGAUGGUGGCCAAUAAGUUCCUUGAGGAAGUGGAGCUAGAGGACCACAUACGCAAGUCCUCCGUAGUCAUGUGUAAACACUUCCAUGAGAGUGUGCACCAGCUGUCCACCAGGUUCUUUGAGCAGUUGAGGAGACAUAACUAUGUGACCCCUACAUCCUAUCUGGAGCUUAUCAUGACAUUUAAAUCUCUGCUGGGUCUGAAGCGUGAUGAGAUCAGUACUCUUCGUAACCGCUACCUUGUUGGUUUGGAAAAACUGGACUUUGCAGCCUCACAGGUAUCUGUGAUGCAACAAGAACUUCGGGAACUUCAGCCAGAACUCAUCAAAACAUCAGCAGAGACAGAAAAAUUGAUGAUAAAAAUUGAACAAGAUACAGUUGAAGUGGAGGCCAAGAAAGAGGUGGUAGCUGCUGAUGAGGCUGUAGCUAACGAGGCUGCUGCAGCUGCCCAGGCCAUCAAGGACGAGUGUGAGAGUGAGCUAGCCGAGGCUAUCCCUGCUCUGGAGGCUGCCAUCUCUGCUCUCAACACACUCAAACCUGCCGACAUCACACUUGUCAAGUCCAUGAAGAAUCCACCACCUGCCGUGAAGUUGGUGAUGGAAUCUAUUUGUGUGAUGCUUGGUAUGAAGUCUGAGAGAAAGCCUGACCCAAGUGGCUCAGGUAAAAUGGUAGAGGACUACUGGGGACCUUCUCAAAAGGUUCUUAGUGACUUCAAGUUCCUGGACAGGCUUAAAACUUACGACAAGGACAACAUACCUCCUGCUGUUAUCAAGAAGAUCAGAGAAAAGUAUAUGACCAACCCGGAAUUUGACCCUAACCUCAUUAAGAACGCUUCCACUGCCUGUGAAGGGCUGUGUAGGUGGGUGAAGGCCAUGGACAUAUAUGAUAGAGUGGCUAAAGUGGUUGCUCCAAAGAAGAUCAAGCUACAAGGUGCAGAGACAGAGCUGGCCAUUCAGAUGGACAAACUCAACGAGAAACGUGCACAACUCAAACAGGUGACAGACAAACUGCAGGCUCUCAACGAUGAGUUUGAGGAGAUGACGCAGAAGAAAAAGGACUUGGAGGCAAAUAUUGACAUUUGUGAAAAGAAGCUUGAUCGUGCAGAGAAACUUAUCGGUGGUCUUGGAGGAGAGAAAGAAAGAUGGACCGAGGCUGCUCGUCUGCUGGGCGAGAAGUUCAUCAACAUCACUGGUGAUGUGUUGUUGUCCUCCGGUGUGGUAGCCUAUCUUGGAGCCUUCACAGUCUCAUUCAGGAAUGAAAUCAUCAAAGACUGGCAUAAUGCUUCAAAGACUAACGAAAUUCCUUGCUCAGAGAUUUUCUCGCUGAAUGCUAUAUUAGGUGACCCAGUGAAGAUUCGAGCAUGGAACAUUGCUGGUCUUCCAGUGGACUCCUUCAGUGUUGACAAUGGUAUCGUGGUGAGCAACUCCCGCAGGUGGCCUCUGCUGAUUGAUCCUCAAGGUCAGGCCAACAAAUGGGUGAAAGCAAUGGAGAAGGACAAUAAACUGGGAAUCAUCAAACUGUCUGACACCAACUAUCUGAGAACCCUGGAGAAUGCUAUCCAAUUUGGUACACCAGUCCUACUGGAGAAUGUUGCAGAGGAGCUUGACCCAAUCCUAGAUUCCAUUUUACAGAAACUGACAUUUAAACAACAAGGUGUAGAGUACAUACGUCUAGGAGACAGUGUUAUAGAAUACUCACAAGACUUCAAGCUCUACAUCACUUCUAGACUGAGGAACCCACACUACCUUCCUGAGGUGUCCGUUAAGGUGUGUCUGGUAAACUUCAUGAUCACACCACAAGGACUGGAGGACCAGCUUCUGGGUAUUGUGGCAGCCAAGGAGAAACCACAGCUAGAGGAAAAGAAAAACGUUCUUAUCCUUGAGAGUGCCCAAAACAAGAAGCAACUCAAGGAGAUUGAAGACAAGAUUCUGGAGGUCCUAUCAUCAUCACAGGGGAACAUUCUGGAGGAUGAGACGGCCAUUAAAGUUCUAUCUUCAUCCAAAGUUUUGUCAGAAGAGAUCUCAGCCAAGCAGGAAAUAGCAGCCAAGACAGAACUGGAGAUAGAUCAGACCAGGAAUGGUUACAAGCCUGUAGCUGUGCACUCGUCCAUCCUGUUCUUCUGUAUAUCUGACCUUGCCAACAUUGAGCCUAUGUACCAGUACUCACUUACAUGGUUCAUCAAUCUUUACCUACAGUCUAUUUUAAACAGUUCACCUUCCAAUGAGCUAGACGAGCGAAUCUUCAACCUGAAUGACCACUUUACCAACAGUAUUUACCGCAAUGUGUGUCGCUCCCUGUUUGAGAAGGACAAACUGCUGUUCUCCUUUGUACUUUGUGUGGGCAUCAUGAAGGGCCAGUUUAAUGCCCGAGUAGGUAGGGUGGAUGAGGAUGUGUGGCGUUUCCUUUUGACCGGAGGAGUGGCCUUGGAGAACCCACAUCCUAACCCAGCCCCAGAGUGGCUUGGAGAAAAAUCGUGGGGAGAGCUUGUCCGGGCUAGUAAAUUACCUAACAUGAAAGGCCUCUUCCAACAUGUGAGAGAUAACAUUGGAGAAUGGAAAAAGAUGUAUGACUCCCCAACCCCACAGAACCACAAGUACCCAAGUCCCUACGACACCCUUAGAGGCAUGUUAAAAAUGGUGGUGUUAAGAUGUCUGAGGCCCGACAAGAUCAUUCCCGCUGUACAGAAUUUCAUUGUGGAAAAUCUGGGCCAGUCUUACAUUGAACCUCCAACCUUUGACCUGGCAGGGUCAUUCAGAGACUCAAAUUGUUGUGCACCUCUGAUCUUUGUGUUAUCACCAGGAGCUGAUCCCAUGAUGGCACUGCUCAAGUUUGGUGAGAGUAAAGGCUACUCUACAGCAGCUGGUACCAUCCAGACGAUUUCCCUUGGUCAGGGCCAGGGUCCAAUAGCAGCAGGUAUGAUUGAUGCAGCAAUAAAGAAUGGGUCGUGGGUGGUACUACAGAACUGCCAUCUGGCCACCAGUUGGAUGCCCAAGCUGGAGAAGAUCUGUGAGGAGGUGAUUAUACCAGAGGAGACAAACAAGGAUUUCCGUCUAUGGCUGACCAGCUACCCAUCCGAUGAGUUCCCUGUAUCUAUCCUACAGAACGGUGUGAAGAUGACCAAUGAGCCUCCCAAGGGACUGAGAGCCAAUCUUCUGCGGUCCUACCUCAAUGAUCCCAUAUCCGACGCCACCUUCUUUGAUGGUUGUAAUAAGCCUGUAAAAUUCCACAAGAUGUUGUUCGGGCUGUCAUUCUUCCAUGCCAUGGUACAGGAGCGCAGAAAGUUUGGUCCCCUUGGAUGGAAUAUUCCAUAUGAAUUCAAGGAAUCUGAUCUCCGUAUCAGUCUCAGGCAGAUGUUGAUGUUCCUGAAUGAUUACGAGGAGCUGCCCCUGCCUGCUCUUACAUAUCUGACUGGUCAAUGUAACUACGGCGGCCGUGUAACUGAUGACAAGGACCGACGACUACUCGUCUCCAUCCUCUCCAUCUUCUUCACAGAGCAAAUAAUUACCAACAAGGACUACAAGUUUUCCCCGAGUGGACUGUACUUUGCCCCAGAGGAAGGUGAACAUCAGACCUACAUUGAUUACAUUAGGACCCUGCCCAUUAACCCUAAUCCUGAGGUAUUUGGGCUGCAUGAGAACGCAGACAUCAGCAAGGACAACCAGGAAACUCAACUGUUAUUUGACAACAUCUUGCUUACUCUGCCAAGACAGCAAAGCAAGGGAGGUAAAUCCACCGGCUCAGUCAUCCAGGAACUAUCGGUUGAUAUCCUCAGCAAGUUGCCCCCAGAUUUUGACUUAGAAUUUGUGAUUAAAAAGUAUCCUGUUGUGUACGACGAGUCAAUGAACACUGUACUGAGACAGGAGCUCAUCCGCUUCAAUCGUCUGACGAAGGUGGUACGCAUCUCGCUGAUCAAUCUACAGAAAGCCAUUAAGGGAUUGGUGCUCAUGUCCUCAGAACUGGAGGAGGUGUUCCAGAGUAUGCUCAACGGCAAGGUACCAACAGUGUGGGCCUCCAAGUCCUACCCAUCACUGAAACCCUUGGGUAGUUACAUCAACGACCUUCUGGCCAGAUUGAAAUUUUUCAAUGACUGGAUACAAGAGGGUAUUCCUGCAACAUUCUGGCUUUCUGGUUUCUACUUCACUCAGUCCUUCCUCACAGGUGUGUCCCAGAACUAUGCAAGGAAAUACACCAUUCCUAUUGAUGCUGUUGGUUUUGAGUUUGAAGUGACGAAGGAAGAGAAGGAAAUGACUGAAAAACCUGAGAAUGGAGCUUUUGUUUAUGGUUUGUUCUUAGAAGGAAGUCGUUGGGAUCGAGACAAGAUGGUAUUAGGAGAAUCCCUACCAAAGAUCCUUUUCGACACAAUGCCAGUGAUCUGGCUGAAACCCAAACGUAUGGACCAGUUUGCCAAGAACAAGACUUACUCAUGUCCUGUGUACAAGACGAGUGCCAGGCGAGGUGUACUAUCCACCACUGGACACUCCACCAACUUUGUCAUGUUUAUAGAGCUGUUGUCAGACAAGGAGCCAGAUCAUUGGAUCAAUCGUGGUGUAGCUGGCCUGUGUCAGCUGGAUGACUAAUGUGUGUACCACCCUACCAGCCUUGAUACAGGGGCUGGAAGACCUUUUAUGUUUCUAUGUAUACUGCUGACAGUCUUGAUUUUCUUGUUUUUAACAAAACUAUGAAACAUAUACUGCUGAUAACUUUGAAAAAUAUGUUAACUAUUUUGAUACAGUGUAUAUCACUUAAUUGUGUCAUUUUAUUCUACCCUUGAUACCUAACAUUCCAUGUGUGAUUAGACUGUGAUUGAUUUUAUAUGUAGUACCUACUACUGCUGAUGUAAUUACUUGACCGUAAAGAAAGAAGAGCUGCACUGUGAUACAACCCUAAGAUAGACUGUGUGUACUAACAUGUAGCCCAGAGAGAGGCUACAUCAACUGUGAUAUAAGUCAGGGAGAGGCUUUAACCCAAAGAGAGGCUAUGAAGACUAUGAUGUAACCCAGAAUGAGGCUACACAAACUGUGAUAAAAGCCAGAAAGCAGCUUUGGAUGUUGAGAUGUAAUGAAGAGAGAAGCUGCAUUGUACAUGAAGUGUAAUAUAAGUUGUAGAGUAGGCCAAGGAGGAUUUGUUUUCAGACACAUUUUACAUCAUGUCUUGAUUUUUUGCUUUAUUAUUGUUGACUGGAAAUGAACUUGACUAUAUAUUUUAAGAGAUAUUAUAUCAAGUUGUCCUAUUUCCUUGAAGCAAUUUGGACAUACAAGUUUAUACAGUACCACCAAUAAUGAUAUGUGCCUUGAUUGAUCUUGUAGCAUUCAAAUUUUUAAGCAUUUAUUUUUAUUUGUUGUUUUGUAAACAUUUUUGUGAUGUUUUUUUGUAGCAUGCCAUAAUAUAUAGCUCUUUGAGCAUGCCAUAUAUUCUCCUGUGCUAAGUCUGUACUUCUACAUGUAUAUAGCUUUGUAGUGUUUGUGUGUCAUUGGUACAAUCUGUUGGUUCUUUGAGCUCCGGCAUAUUUACAUACAUACACUUUAUAUAUUAGCAUAAUCCUCGUCAAUAGAUGUUAAUUUUUGUAUGAUAUAAUGUAAUAAGACAGUUUGAUCCGUCCAGUAACUAUAUAUUUAUCAUUGUGUCAUUUUCAUAUAUUUGAGUCAGACAGUGUUUCAUUCAUUUUGUAUAUUCACCAUUAUAUAUCCUGUCAAUGAUGAAAAUUCAGGGGUUGGGUGGGGUGGGGUGGGGUAGCUGUGUGUUGAGUUUGCCAGUAUGUAGUGUGUAAAUAUCGUGUUAUGUAUCUGCCCUAAUGAUAACAGAUUUAACUCCGUCCUGUGUAUGUUAUAUCUGCCCUCGUGAUAACAGACUUAACUCUGUCCUAUCAGUUCUAUAUUUUUUUUUAAUACAAUACAAAUAUUUACACCAACUUUACAAUGUAAGGUACAUGUAUAAUUUACUCUGUCGGUGACAAAUCUUCUCUAAUGCAUAGUAUUUAAUAUUGGUGUUUGUAAAACUAAACACAAAACAGUUGCAAAAUUGUGGCUGAUAAAUUAAGUUUGAAGCAUUAAAUGUGAAGGGUAAAGCAGGGUUAGAUCAUUUAUAGUGAGGAGCAAAACUAUUUCAUAAAUAUUCUACAAAGAUAUUGCCACAGGGUGCCACUUAUAAUUUUAUUUAACUGCUUAUUAAACAGUUGACUGUAAAAUAAGACAAAAUGAUAUGCUGAAGUAAAGCCUUUUAUAUAUAAGUUUGCAUCAGGUGUGCCAAACCUAGGGAUGUUUUUGUCCCCAGCUCCCAUUGUGAUCAUACAGGAAGUGGCCUGAUCCACUAAAGCUGCUGACUUGUUUAUCAUCUAUCAACACUUUGUGUAUAUACUUCUGUUGGCUGUGUAUCACAAUAAAUUAUUUUGUAUGGUU